AUGGGAGAAAAACAACAAUGGACCAAUGAGCAUUUAAAAUUCUUAUUGGAUACUUGUAUUGAAGAAGUAGAGAGUGUCGGUAGAAAAGGAUUGAGUUUGCAGAAAGAUUCAUGGAUAAGGCUUGCAAGAGUUCUUAAGGAGAAAUUUGGGUUUGAGUUGACUCAAAAGCAAAUGAAAAACCCAUAUGACAAUCUGAAAGCCAAAUACACAGGAUGGGGGCAUCCGAAGGCUGCUUCAUUGAGAACAAUUCCACUGCCUUUUCCAGAUCUUUGUGCACAUCUUUUUGAUGGAAAUAGUGUCACUGGUAAUUGUAGGAGUUACUCAACCCAAUCAUCAUCAGUAGCUGGAGCAUCCUCUUGUCGUGUUCCACCACUUCAGAUUACCGCCACCCCUUUUCGUGUAAUAGAUGAUGAUGGUGAUGACACUUCCCACCAUGAGCCACCACCUUCUGCUGCUUCACCUUCUGCUACUUCACCAUAUACUGCUUCACCAUCUGGUAACCCCAACAAAAGGGCUAGACCCUCAACUCCUAUACCUCCAAGUGCUUCACCAUCUGCUUCUUCACCUGAUGGAACUUCUAUUACUGCUAACAACUUUAGCAUCAGAAAUGAAAAAAGCUCUACAAAGUUUGACUAA